AAAUUACGCUUUUCACAGGGGGAGAGGGAGAGGGAGAGGGAGAGGGACCUUUCUUUUCCCCUUUUCCUUUUUCCCUCUUGAGAGGGAGAGAUAGAAGACAGAAGUCUCUGAAUUUCGAAGGUUGCAAGCAGAGCAAUGGUGGCUCCUCUUCAGCUGGUUUCUGCUGGCGCCUUCUUCUGAUUCUGAUUCACGGUUAUGGUGAUGGGCAAUGUUAGUGGUAAAAGUGAUGGAGAAGGAACCUCUGGAGGAUAUGAACAGUAUGUGGAGAGUUCACAUGGUGCAAGUCACGUUUAUCCCGAGCAAUCGGUUGGAAAAAAUUGGCUGUUCAUCCCUGUCGAGGGUAAAUUGAUAGAUUGUUAGUUUUUCAUCUACUGACUCGACAGCAGCGGAUGCCUCUACUGAGGUUCAUACAUAGAAAGGAGAUCUCCUCUCUUGAACUCCUCUCUAGAGGGCCAAUCACUGCAUAUAUCGCUUGCGAGGAAGCUUUCCUAUUCCUUUUGCAGAUAGGAUAGAUAGAGUCGUUCGUUGUGACGGAUAAGGUCAUUAGUUAGUUAGCAAAAGAAUCAGGCCCCGGCGGUUCCUUUUCGCAAGCCUGCUGAUUUGAUGGCAAAUCAAAGUCUUGAUUUGCUUUGGAAAAUGAAUUAUGAGACUACCUGCCAUGAGAGACGAACACCAGUGAUGAUUACCUGGAAUCAUGGAGGGAAGCAUGUGGCAGUUACUGGAUCAUGGGACAACUGGGAAACAACUGAAAUGAUGCAGAGAUCAGGGCAAGAGUUCAUCAUCUUGAAGGUUCUUCCUUCUGGUGUUUACCACUAUCGGUUCGUUGUGGAUGGACAGGUCAAGUAUGCGCCAGAUUUGCCUUGUGAUUUUCAUGAACCACCAACAGCCUACAAUAUAUUGGACGUGAAGGAGUAUGCAGCUGAAGCCUGUCAAAGCGAAUCUGAGGUCACGCAUCCUCCUUCCCCUGAUGCAAGCUACAGCAGAAAUUCCAUAAUCGACAUCGAUUUCAGCAAGCCUCCGCCUGAUCUACCUCCUCAAUUGAAUGGAACUCUGUUGAAUGACUCACCAAAUACAGAUUGUUGUCAAUUUUCGACAAGGCCACGGCAUGUUGCAUUGAACCAUUUAUACAUGAAAAGCUGCGACCAGGGUCAGGCAAUUGCCUUUGGGUCCACACACCGUUUUCUUGAAAAGUAUGUGACAGUGAUUCUUUACAAGCCCUCCUGGAGACAGGUGAAGGAAAGAUGAGACCUUCCUCCUUUAUUUCAGUACCUGGAUAGAGGCAUCCGAGUUUUGUUGAUAAAAUUUUUACAAUCGUGGAUUAUGUUUAAGGAUGAGCGAGUGCUUUUAGGUAAAAAUCAUGACAGCUAUGUGCAUUGAUCAUCAGAAAGCGUUCGCUCUGUAGUGUGUAUGAGCAUAUAUUAGUACAUUUCCAUUUCCAGUGUAUGCCGAUCUUUUUCACCAAUACAACUUUGAUUAUCAAUUCACUUAUGUGGCUCUCCAACUAAUAUACGUUAUACAGAUUUCCAA